CUACCAUUCUUUUUAAGGGACGGGAGGAACUGGUGUAAAUUCGUUCAGAUUGAGGAAAUACUCAAUUAAAAUAAACGGAAGAAAAAGUUCGAUACCUGUUCUGCUUUAAUGAACCGUUACUCUCUGUUGUUUUGCUUGGCGAUUAUAUAUGUCGUCCACUGCUAUAAUGCUCCGUAUAUAAAGGAGGAACCAGUUUGGAAUGUAACUUCCCUCAGAUUAGUUCCUACUGCAUCGAGUUAUGAAGGAAAAAUACUCAGUCGUUAUGCAAGAGCUGCUUUUCAAACCGGUGGGGGGAAGAGUAGCUAUAGUAGUGACCAUACGAGCAGCAACAGUCCUAUGAGUAGUGACUACUCUUCUUCGGCUGUGCAAACUUCAGAUGGUAGCUCUUAUAGUGGGUCUUCGCCUUCUUCCUCACCGAGUUCAUCGACGGCACCCGAUUCGUCCACCACCGUUGAGUCUUCCUCGUCUGAAAUUUCGGCCGGUACUAGUGCAACUUCGAGCGCAUCUUCUUCUGCUCCUUCAUCUUCACAAGCCAUCUUUUCUUCUUCUACUUCUUCUACUUCUUCAAGUCCUAGCAGUUCAAUAUCUGAUGCUUCUGCCGCCAGCAGUGAAUUAUCUAGUUUUCCUGCAUCCACUACUAGCCAUAGUACUAGUGAAAGCAGUUCUGAUACUUCCUCGAGAUUUUCUUUAGCAUCAUCGUCCUCUUCAGAAUUCAGUUCGAAUCCUUCAUCUACCUCAUCACCUGAUUCUUCAUCUUCUAUCCUUCCGAGCUCUAGCUCAUCAACAGACUCCAUGGUUAGUUCUUCCUGGUCAUCGUCGCCUUCUUCCUCCUUUUCGCCAUCAUCAUCUUUCUCUUCUUCCUUUUCGUCGCCGUCAUCAUCAUCAUUGUUUUCUUCUUCCUAUUAUCCUUUGAGCUCGACUUCUUCUUCAACAAGUGGAUCUAGCUCGUCGUCCUCAUUGUCAAGUGUUCCUAAAACGACUAGCUCAUCCAGUUCGAGUUUAUCUUCAAGCUCUGCUUCAUCUUCGAGUAGUGUUCACUUAAAGUCUUCAUCUGUAUCUUCGCGUUCUCGCUCUCGUCCUCGUUCGCGUCUAUUAUCCUCUCCGGUUCAUUUAGCAAGCUCUUCCUACGUUACUAGUGCAAGCAGGACUUACCGACCAUCUACUAUCUACAAAGUAACUGUCGCAACAAUAAGCGGUCAUUCAAGUACUUAUACGUCAAAGUCGACAGAUUCUAGUGUUUUAUUAGUUGUUGUGGAUAGCUCUUCCAAUUCUUUAACUUCCUUAUCAAACAAAUUUUAUGGAAUUCCUGCUUUAGCUUCCGCCUUUGGUUUUGCAAGCCUUGCAAUUUUUAUUUUGAUGUGAAGUAUGACAUGAAAGAAUUUGUAUAAUUCUGGAUCCUUCUUUACUUUUUUAAUUUAUUUUUUUUUCGUCAUUAAAGAGCCAUAUCUUUUCAUUCAUGCUCUUUCUAUGUGUUCUACCGAUAAUACUUGUAUGAAAUCGUUUACGUUUUCUGUUCAAGCUCUUAUUCUCUCUCUCUCUUUGUAAUGGAAUUCUUUUGUUAUGAUGACAUUUUAAAAAUUAAAUAUGGAAAAUGUCAGUCUACGACUUGACAGUUUGAAUUUUUUGGCGCUGAAAAUGUCUGCUUAGGAAUUCAAUCUCUCUUUUAUUCUUUUUGUUUUUUUGAGAUAAUAUAAUUCAAAUAAUUUUUAUAGAAUUUGAUUAAUAAAUAUGGAUUUGAAGCAUCAUGUGGUAUCGCC